AGGGGCCGAAUCCGAGUAAGACGCGCUAAAACCCUCGUUUGUGCUGCAUUCAAAAAUUGCCACUCUUUCGAAGAACAUCAAGCAGAGCGAGUCUCAAUUCCUGCGAUGGAGAGCGGAAUUGACAGCGAACACGAGAUUGCCAUCUCGCAGCAAGAACGUCGAGGCCGAUCGCUGUUCUUUCUGGGGCACAAAGCGAAAUUCGAGCCCAUCAUCCCGAGGCUCCGAGGAGGCGGAGGAUUGAGAGUUUAGACUGAGGAGAUGAUGGAUAGCUGAUUUUUCGAUAUGGAGCGCGAAGGAUCAUUGGCGCUGGUGGUUCAUGAAGCACCCGAGCAGACUGUGGGAAAUCCAAGGAAACCGGCAAGCUGCCCAGCUACUCUGAAGUCGAGGCGAUUGGCAUGCGUUAAGGCUGAACAUUCUCACUUGCGGAAGAAAAAAUUCAAAGGGUGCUCGAGAAAGCGGGAGCAGUACGGUAUAGAUGCAGACAGCGGAGCACUGCACAAUGUUCACCGUAGCAAGCUUCGUCUUUUGCUCAAAUCUCUCAUGGAGCAACGACGCUGGACUGAAGCCUGUGGAGUUCUUGGUGUCCUACUGAGUAUACCAUUCAGUAGUAAAAAAAAUUCUGUCCAGGCGUCGAGCCGUAGGUUGGAUUAUUGGGCAGCGAUGACGGUACUCAGGCGAGUCGAAGACACACAAGCGAGUGCCCUGAGAUGUAGGCGAAUGUUUCGACUCUUGAUUCGUCAACAGCCAAAUCCAAGGUGUCGUGGAGAAGUUCAACUGGAAUCAGCACUUUAUUUGAUUAACCAGGGUGAUCGAGAAGCAGCGUACAAUGAACUUCGCCCAAUCGCCGACGGCCCACUCUUUCGCGAUGAUCCAGUGGUGAAUUUGUGUCAUGGUCUCAACACUCAUUGCCUCUGGUACGAGGCUGCCGUAGCAGAGAAUAUGAAACAGGAUGUAACACAAGUUAGGGCGGAUAGCGAAGGCAGAAGUUCGGGACCUCACGAAUUUAUCGGUGAAACUGAAGCUCCAGAGCCUUCAGUCGGUGUGUCAAGCAGACCGACUGAAAAUAGGCUUCUCAGAGAAGGGAGUCCUGAAGGGAGUAUCAUUUCUAGCGAUUCUCAUUUUUAUCGAAGUGCUGGUCAACAGAGUGAACGUGCUUCACAACUUGCCGUGGACUUUGAAGUCAGUUUAUGGGAAGCCUCCCAACGAUCUAUAUAUGAAGAGACCAACGAUGAGGGAUUUGUGGAAGAUGGAGAGCAAGUAUGGCUGAAAGCCUCAAUUCCUCUAACUGCAGAAUUGGAUCGGAGACUUUUCCCUCUACGCGUCAUUCCUAAACCAGGUCAGCAAGAUCAACACUACCGAGUUCCUAUGAACGACGGAAGGACAAGGGAUCUUCAUGCUGCUGCUGUCAAGCAUCUCAAGCAGGCUUUAAUGAUUGCACCAGACACGCUACCUGCCCUACUUCCGCUCGUUCAGUUGCUACUUGCUGUACAUGACAUCAAAGGUGCAAUAUAUGAGAUAGAUAGGUGCGCUGAGGCUCUAAUGUAUAAUAUUACACCUCUAAGCAUAAAAGCGGUGCUUCUGGAAUCGCUGAAGCACAAAGACCAUUCAUUACUACAGGCUUGCUAUCGGAAGGUCUUGUCUUUAAACCCAUUUGCAGUGUGGGCACUGAAAGGCCUCAUAAAUCUGCAUGCCUCUGGUAAACUGGAGCAGGAGGUAUUGCUGGAUCACAUCGCAUUGCAUCUGGAUGCAACGACAGGUUCUGCAGAGAUUUGGCGGAAGUUAGCAUCCAUUUUCUUAGGAGUCAGUGAUGCUUCUGGGAUACCUCUUCUCGAGGCUGGUACUAACACGGAGAACACCAAUACUGGACAGGAAAAGGUUUUUUCGGUCGGUAGUCGCGAGUAUGUACAGAUGUUAUGGGCCAGCCCCCGACAUGAAUGGUGGUUAAGAAAACACUUCUGUUCUGACCUAAUUAUACGAAAUCACCAGCAGCAAAACGGUGGAGAAAGGUGGUUGAUUGCCCACAUGGCCGCAUGCGCAGCGCACAUCUAUGGUCCACAAUUCCACCUCGUGGAAAAGAUCUGUAAAUUUCUGGAGAAAAGAGGAGAGGAUACUUUGCAUAAGUUCGUUGGACGCCAUCGGCAAAAGUCACUGAAGCUUUUUGCUGAGGAAUACAGAGGAGGAUGACUGGAAUGUCAUUGCAUCCCUCUCUAGUGCGAGUUUGGAACUUGUGCUUUAGUGAAAACACUGUGCCGGUAGCCAGAAACGAGGGACACAUGCACAAUGUUCAGUAAAAUACAAAUUUCAAACUCGCACUAGUCACGUCUCGACUCACACCUCAUAAGCUUUUCGUGCAACGCCCGCAUCAAGUGAAUGAUACUGUUAAUUCGGUCGUUUGUGGAAUCCACACGACUGGCAGUUAUUUAGGAUAUUAUUUACGUGUAGACCCCGAGAGGGUCGUUCUCUGACCCAAAUACCUGGUUCGGUUUCCACCGGCUUUCACCGGCUUUCAGCAGUGUCCCUUCUCGGGAACUCAUAUGCGCAGAUACGGAUCGAAUCAUUUAAAUUCCAAAUCUUUCACAGGCU